AUGGCUGAACCCAAGCACGCAGUCGACGCCAAUGUCCGCGAGCCAGACACCGACUCGAGCCGAUCUUCGCACGAGGAUGUCGUUGUAAAGCCCCUCAAGACCUGGAAGGGUUACAUCUGGGACACUUGGGAGCUACCACCUGAGCAGCGGUGGCUUCUGUUCAAGGUUGACGCCUUUGUGUUGACCUUUGCCUCGAUCGGUUACUUUUUGAAGAACAUCGAUCAGACCAAUGUCAACAAUGCCUUUCUUAGUGGAAUGAAGGAGGACUUGAACAUGUUUGGCAACGAACUUGUUACGAGCACCUCUAUCUGGACCGUCGGCUAUGUUAUCGGACAACUCCCCUCCAAUCUGCUUCUCACCCGCGUUUCCCCUCGCUGGGUCAUUCCCUCAUUGGAACUUGGCUGGGGUGUUGCAACCAUCGCCACUUCAGCAGUCAAAUCCUACAAGGCGCUGUACGCCCUUCGAUUCCUCGUCGGACUCUUCGAAUCUGGUUUCUACCCUGGUAUCCACUACAUGCUUGGCUCUUGGUAUACCCCUCGCGAGAUUGGCAAGCGCGCCAUGGUCUUCUGGCUCGCUGGCUCAAUUGGCAACAUGUUCAGCGGUUUCCUGCAGGCAGCUGCUUACACUAAUCUCAAUGGAGUACACGGACGUGAAGGAUGGCGCUGGCUGUUCAUCAUCGACGGCAUUAUUACUCUCCCUCUCGCCGUGAUGGGAUACAUCUUCUUCCCCAACCUGCCCCAGGACGGAAAGAAAACUUGGUGGGUCACCGAACGAGAGCGUGUCAUCUCUGUUGAGAGAAUGAACGCCGUUGGCCGAGCUGGCAAGCAGCCCUGGACAAAGGCCAAGGUCAAGUCUAUUCUUUUUAGCUGGCACACUUGGCUUCUGCCCCUCAUUUACGUCGUUUGGAACAACGGUUAUCCCCAGCCUGCCAUGGGAUACUGGCUCAAGAGCUUCAAUGCUGAUCCUCCUCCCGUACCUGGAAGACACUUUACCGUUCCUCAGAUCAACAACCUACCCCUACCCACGACUGGAAUCUUCAUCGUCAUGGCUUUGCUAUGGGGCUGGCUCUCUGACGGUCCCAUGAAGGGUCGCCGAUAUCCAUUCAUCUACCUUGGCGCUGUCAUCACUAUUUCUUUCCAUAUUGGACUCCUCAAGAUGCCCCUAUACGGAAACGUCACAAACCGAAUGAUUGUGUACUGGUUCGCCAACAUUGGAAGCGGUGCCGGUCCUCUCAUUCUUAGUUGGAUCAACGAGAUUUGCACUGCCGAUACCGAGAAGCGAGCUUUGCUUGUUGGCGCGGCCAAUGAUCUCGCCUACGUCGUGCAGGCAGUGGCGCCCAACUUUGUCUGGAAGACGACAGACUUCCCAGCAGCCAGGAAGGGCUACACUUGGUCUAUUGUUCUAAAUGUCUUGUUGAUUGUCAUCACUGGAACGGUUCAACUUCUCUUAUGGAGGGAUCAGAAGAAGGCAAAGAAAGAGGCUCUCAACGCCCCGCCUGAAGUGGUUGAACAAAAGGGAGAGGAGAGUGACAGCAGCAGGGUUCCUGCCAAGACUGCCCAAGAAAAGCGAGUCCGAAUAGCCCAGAGCGACGACUGGCCCAAACGAGUCACCAUGGAAGCUGGAGAUAAUGGAGAGAAUUCUUCGCAUGGUGUCCAGAGCAUGGUGACGGUGUUAUUUUCUGGAUCCAAAAAGAUCCUCCUCCCAGAAAACGCCAUCAACAAGCACCCAAAGCUGGCGAGCCGGUUUGUGACCGUGCAGAAUGGCAAACAGCUCGACCUCACCACCUGGUGGACACCUGUCGUGCAUGUGUUUGUCAUGUUCUUGUUUACCGGUACAUACCAGGACCUGCAAGACCUCAAGGAGAUCGAGCUGUAUCAGGACUACGAGGAUGAAGCUAUGCUCAGCCGCGUACUCGAGACAUACUUGCUCGCCAACGAGUACGGUCUUGAGAGACUCGUUAAGCUGGCCGUCCAUGAGUUUGGCAAAACGUCAGUGGACAUGUCGCUUUCGAGCAUCCUCAGAGUUGUUUGCAAAACCAGCAUUACAUUCGACAGUCAGCACCCCGAGCUGAUGAACACCCUGAUCCCGAGAGCUUCACGAACUGAUUUGGAGGAAGACCUGGAUGAAGGCCUUGAGGCCUUCCAUUCGGCGCUCAAGAACGAUGGAACUACUUAUGGUGCCAUUUUUUUCGCAGAUCCUUGA